AUGGUUUUGUUCCGACGUGGGGUUGAUGGAGGUGGGAUCGUACAGAGUACAGGGACGGUUUUCGAAGGUGAGAAUGGGCAGAGGUAUGCUAGGGAGUUAGAAGGUGUUGUGGAAGGUGUUACUAAGGCUGUUGGGGAGUGUGAUUCUGGGGACCAACUUCGCUUCAUGCGUAUACGGACUAAACGACAUGAACUCAUAAUAACCCCUGACGAGAAAUACGUGUUGGUGGUAUUACAAGAUCCGGGGCAGUGA